UGUUAACUUGCACUUGACUCCGAAGUCUUUCUUGACACUAUCAUAUUACAUUAAUUCUGUAUUGUUGUAUGGUGGGGCAAAAAAGACUGUUUUUCAGCGACUGGCGAAACUGGGCAUCUCCACAACACACUCCAAUGCAGUUGGCAAGCAGAAAGAACUGGCCUACUACUGUAUGCUUCCGGUAAAGUCCUUAAAACGGGACUUGGAGUCAUUCCUGAAUCAGCCAAGCACAGAUGAACAAGACAGGACUAUUCAAAGAAGCCUUGAAGACAUGUCCUUUUUAGAGACCACUGUACAGCCAAGCAAGGAGGUGGAUGCCAUUGAUGUCUUCACAUUCAGUACACUGUCAGAACAAGACAUGGCCGAUUUGGGUGUUGCUGCAUUGUCUGCCUCUGCACCUCCAACCUCAUCGACACCUCACACAUAUUCUAUUAUAUUCAACAACCUGGACUUUUACAUUCAGACACAUCAUCAGUCUACCAGCCAAACCAACAAGUCAAUACACUGGAUAAACCACAUGUGUGUUAUCAACAGAGUCAACUCACUACACCUUGACAAUUUGAAACCGGCAAAUUCUUUGAUCGACUAUGAUCUCGGGAAUUCACUUCCUGGACCAGACACACAAGCCUGUAUGACUCGGGAAUUCGUUGUCUUGGGGACAUAUUUGGAUUUAUUUAAGACCCUAUCCGAUGUGGUGGUUCAUCACAUCCCCCACCAGUUCUCUGAAGACAUGGUCCAGCCAUCCACUCAUUACCCACUUGGACUUCUAUUCAAGGAUGAGACAAAAACUGCGGACUUGGUGGAUGUGCUCCCGCACCUUCAAAAGGAGUAUGUGCCAAGAUGUCCCGAUGGGCUUGAAAAGAUUUUGAUCGGGGGUGACAGACUCACAGAGGGCAAUUGCCGGAAUAUCCAGUUGGCGUUUGCUGAUGGGGAGACAGAGGAGAACCGCCUGGAAGGCCUCGUUUUCAAAUUUGAAGACUGGCACGCAAUUAGCAGGGAUGUGAUUUUUCCGGAUUAA